AUGUCUCCAUCUGAACAACAGUCCCCGAACAACCAGGCCGCGCAACCCAGCGGCCCGAGCAGAUCCGACACCAACUCCGUGCAGAUCUCGCAGCCCGUGGCUCUUCAGGCAAUGGACCCGAAGCGUCCGCAGCCCGACCAGCCCGAGUUCGGGAACAUGCGCGGCGGUGAGCGCGGUUCCUGCUGUCCGGGCCGCUUCUGCUUCUGCGUCCCGUGCCCGCUGCCGUGCGACUGCUGCAUCAUUUGA